AGCAAAGUAUUGAACAUCAUCGCUUUGUCCGUCAGAGGGAGUCGAGUUUCAUAUAUUCAGCGCUUCGUCCCAUAUUCACUGCAGAACUGCUUACCGCGUCGGGCUGGAAAGGGAUCUUGCUUGAAAAACUAUUUUCACUCAUAGUUGCUGUUGAGACCUAUGUUGAUAGCCGCCCGAAUCACGCUCAAACGUCAGUAGGCUCCGCUCAAACGUCAGUACGCUUCAAGAAACCGCAGCCCCACUCGAGUUGAAGAAGUCUAUUCAUGAUUUCUAGGAAGUAGGCUGCAGUCCUACUUUGGUUCCUACCUGGAUUAACUCGUAGACGACCAUCAAUUUACCUGGUCAACGUUCUUGGUGUAAGAUUUUGCCUGUCAGAAACUAUGCUGUGGAAACUAGCAGAUAACGUGAAGUACGAGGAUGAUUGUGAGGAAAGGCACGAUGGGAGUAGCAAUGGGAACCCCCGUUUACCUCACCUCCCUGCGGUGAGCCAGCACAUUUACAGCCCGUCGCCGUCCCUCUCCCACUCCGCCAACUCAGACUUCCAACCCCCGUACUUCCCGCCUCCAUACCAGCCUAUAUCAUACCCCCAGUCCAGUGACCCCUACUCGCACCUCAGCGACCCUUUCAACAUCAACUCCAUACACCAGUCGUCCUCGAACCAGCAGCAGUCAUGGCCGGGGCGACAUGGUCAAGAAGGACUGGGACCUCAUUCGCGAAGCGGACUCGCAAGUCAGAUUCUGGGCCUGGAUGGCGGCUCGUCCGGCUUGAGGAGAGAUGGCUUCCGUCGGCCGGAGCUGCUGCCGCCUCACGCCCAUAGCAUCGAGUCAACCAUCAUUGGUGAUAACAUAGGACUGCACGAAAUGGGCCAUGGCCUGGAUGACGUUCAACAUGUAGAUGACCACAGUAUUAUAAUGGCAGAUCAGACAGUCAUCAAAAAAGUACUAGGACUACGAGGUGGCAGAAACCUUGAUCGCUUACAGAGGACUUAUUAUGAGGGGGGCAUUCUUGCGGGUGAGGACGAAGGCCCCGUGUCCCUCCCUAAGGGCAACUCAUUGGGCCUGCCCUUCCAGAAGGAGUCCCUGCUAGGCAUGGUGUCCAACCCCACCGAGGUGUUCUGCUCGGUGCCCGGACGACUCUCGCUUCUCAGCUCCACCUCCAAGUACAAGGUGACAGUGGCAGAGGUGCAGCGGCGCCUGUCUCCUCCCGAAUGCCUCAACGCCUCCCUGCUGGGGGGAGUCCUGCGUAGAGCCAAGUCUAAAAAUGGUGGCCGGUCAUUGAGAGAGAAGCUGGACAAGAUUGGGCUCAACCUGCCCGCUGGAAGGAGAAAAGCUGCUAACGUCACCCUGCUAACUGCACUGGUAGAAGGAGAAGCCGUUCACUUGGCAAGGGAUUUUGGCUACUCGUGUGAGACAGAGUUUCCGGCAAAGGCCGUCGCUGAAUACCUGUGUCGACCACACGUGGAACGCAAUGAGGUCAACUCCCGCAAGAACAUGCUCCUUGCUGCUAAGCAAAUCUGUAAGGAGUUCACCGACCUGUUGACUCAGGACCGGUCGCCUCUGGGGAACACGCGGCCGGCACCCAUCCUGGAUCAGGGCAUCCAGGGCUACCUGACACACUUCAGCCUCAUCACCCACGGCUUCGGCUCACCCGCCAUCUGUGCUGCCAUGACCUCCCUCCAGAACUACCUGAAUGAGGCCCUCAAACAGGUGGACAAAAUGUACCUGAGCUCAGGAAGUGACAUGCAGGGCUCCUCUGACAACGGUAGCAAAGCCUCUGACAAAAUGGAGAAGCACAGGAAAUGAGGAAAUGCUCUCUCCCCCCA